UGUCUCUGUGGCUUUCGGCGGGCUUGUUUGUUUGUGUGCAAUCUUAAUUUCGUCUUCGCAUGGAAGGAAAUGGAGGUCUCGAGUUCGAAAAGCCGGCCGUGGGAUUCUCGGCCGUGCGGGCGGUGGCGAACAGCAUGAUCGCCGACUUCGGUCUGGUGUCGCUGUGCCGCUACUUUAAGAUGGGCAAGCAUGAGCGCUUCAGGGACUGUCUGCGCUGGCUGGAAGCUUUCCAGAAGUCAUCUAAGCAGCUUCAGAGGCACCACUUCAAGAAGCUGACUGUCUGCUGCUUUCUUGCGCGGGUUGUGGAUGGGAAAGAGCAAGACGUCCAAUAUGACAGUGAUGAGCGAAUAAGCCCGUUAAUGUCAGCCAUUCCCCUCUGGGACUCCCUGGAGGACGUGGUGGUGGAUAAGGCCCUCUUCAACAACAUCAAAAGACUGCUUUUUAUCCAGGCCGUGGCCGUGUUUAUGGAGAGAGGUGAUUACGUCAAGGCGCAGUGGGUCCUGAACUGGUUGAAGGACGAGUUCGCCCUGUCCCCGAAUCUGAAGAUGAAGCUCUCCACGAUUGUCAACAUGAAGGAUGCGUACCAUAUGUUUCUGACGACCUUCAGCUUUGUCAGCUUGGUGGAGAAUAUCAAGGUGUUCUUGGACCAGUUCCUGGAGGAUCAUCCCUCUGACUUUAUCGUUAAGGUAGCUUCAAAGGAGGCAGGGUCACGUCUGGCAGCAGUGCAGAUGAACAGCGAGGAUGAGGAAUCCUCAGAGAACACGAAGGAGCCGUCCAGGAUGGACGAGGCAGAGACAAAACUCGAGGCAUCAGAUCAAAAUCAAAGUGUGGGGGCCUCAACGUCCUGCCAAUUAAAAACAAGGGCAAGAAGAACUUUAUUUCCUAAACACAAUAUUUUGCCGUGGAAACCAGGCAGCAGCAAGAAACCAGCGAGUAGCCAUCACAUGCACAUUAACUUGAGGGGCAAAGACCGUUCUACCCGCCAGUCUUCCAAGCCGCAGAAGUCAGCAAAUCAAUCAAGUAGAGCAAAAAGAAAGAAAUGGACGUAUGACGAAGACCGGGACUUGAGAAGCGGCGUGCUCCGUUACGGCGUAGGCAGAUGGGCCAGGAUCCUGGAGGAGUUCGGCUUUGAGGAUCGCACCAAUGUCAUGCUGAAGGACCGGUGGAGGACACUGCAGAAACAGAACAAGGUGGGAGGGAGGGGAUGAGAUGGACAGGUGCCAGGGUGCUAAAACCAGCUCUAUGUCCCCCACUGCCAGCAUCCUGCGGCCCUGCAAGUCUGGGUGAAUCUCUUAGGUUCCUGAUUUUGUGACCAAAAGACCCCAUUGAUCACUUUAGACUUUGCGCGACUGCAAACUUGGGAUCACCGUCACCCCCUUCAGAGAAAUUCCUUCCAUGGCUCCGUCAUAUACUGCAGAAAUUCCCUGCCGCAGAUGGUUUUCCAGAAACUACCGCCAUCAGACCGUGUAGAGGGAGCUGCGUUUCAGGGUAGGAAAUCUUAGGGUGGAAUUACAAUUCAUGGUCAGACGUAGCAUGUCAUGGGUUCCCCAGUUUGAAAAAAAAAAUAAACAUUUAAUCUUUU